CAAAGAUGAUCUCGCCACAUCAGAUGAUAUACAGUUGUACCUACGUUCGACACGACACGGCUCUGUGGAGAGAAGAAGACGAAGCACGGAACCUCUCUCUCUCUCUCUCUCUCUCUCUUUCACAGACACAGUACGAUGGGAGCUUUCUCAGUUAUAAACGCUCUCCGACGGAAAAAACAAGGAAUCUCCACUAUGAUGUCUCUGUACUCCUCUGCCACCAAAGCCUCUCUCGACCGCUCUUUUCAUUCUUCCUUCCUUCCCCUCCGAUUACCAUCAUCGUCACCCUCUGUUGGAUUCCCUUUCCGGCUUUCUUCAGCCGAAAAGCGCGAUCGCUCCGUACUCGCUGCUUCUGGAAGAGUCUCGAUGUCAUCAAACAGUGAUUCUCGCGGAUUAUCCUCGCAGGUCGAUGAAUCUUUCUUCAGGAGCGUUUUAGGGCAGAUGGAAACGGUUUACCUAAACCGAAACCCGACGCCUAAAUCCGUCUUGGAACUUGUCAAAUCCGUUGACGACGAACAGCUUUGCUAUGAUCAUCUCGCUUUCAGGACCUUCGGGAUUGGUGGCUAUGGGAUUGACUCGCUUGCAAGCUUUUUCCUUGACUAUGGGUAUACCCAAAUGGAUGAGCUGCGGUUUCCGGCUAAAAAGCUGAGAGCUUUGUGGUUCGCACCUCCUCAUGUUUCUGCUAUAAAUGGUGGAAGUGGCGUAAAUGGUCCUUUACCAAGAGUUUUCAUCUCAGAGCUCCUUGUGGAGCAGAUGAGUUCACAGACUCAGGAUGUGAUUAGAAAAUACACCGAAACAUGUCCCGGUGGUAAAAAGUAUGCAGCUCUUUCAAGUGCUUUGGGUACUUUACCUUGGGGAAAGCCUCUUUCUUCUGAGUUUGAGAAAUUGGCGAGGGAAAGUGAAUACGCAGCAUGGACCCUUGUCAAUGGCUAUGCACUUAACCACGUCACCAUUUCUGUCCAUCGGCUUAAAUCUCAUCUAAACAAAAUCAAGAAGCUCAAUCUGUUUCUCGACGAAAAAGGUUUCAAAUUGAACUCAGAAGGAGGAGUCCUUAAAGUUAGCCCUGAUGGUGGUUUGCUGCAAAGCUCAACUGUAGCAGAUUCGAUUUCUUUCAAGUUCUCUGAUGGCGUCACCAAAUCCAUCCCUUGUUCAUACAUUGAGUUUGCUGAACGCCUUGUGCUUCCUCAGUACCAAAAUGUACCCGAAAGCGAUGUAAGUGACGUUUCUGAUUGAAUCUUGAAUCGCUUACUGUGAAUCGAUACGAUAUUUUGCUUCCCGUUGCCUAGACAACUCUCUGAUUCAGGCUUUUUGUACCAACAUUGUGAAUCUGACACUUGUGAGACAUACCUACAAAACGCAGAUACGAGAGUCUCAUCGAAGAGAUGGAUUUGAGGUUGGAAAUGCCGACAAGAUCUUCGAAAGCACAAACCAGGAUCAGCUUGCCCGACGAACUGGGUGAUUGCAAAUAGUCAUAUUGCUUGGGGAUAUGUAAAUCAUGUCUGGUACAUAUGUACAGAGAAUAAGAGCUGAAAAGUGUUUGUAAUGUUGUUAAUCAGUAUGGAUACUAAUCUAAGAACUCUUGAUCAGAUAUUUGUGUACAAAGGAUGUAUAAAAAAAAACUUACUAGCAACCAAGUUAAUUUCUAAGGAUGUACAUUGUUUGCAUACCCUACAUCAAAUAAUGUGAAAUGAAUAUAAUUUACCAACUAGUAUAUAAAAAGUGUGAAUCUUUCACUCACUAUUAUCUUGAAUGGAUGUACUUCUCCACUCUAAAGCAAAUUAAUUCUAAGUUUUUUUUUGUGUUUGACCAAAAAAUUAGUUCUAAGUUGGAUGCAGACCAGCUUCUUGCACUAGUUGAAAAGAUUAACCCUUUCUUAACCGCAAAUAGUAACCGACUGAAAGUUUACAACUUUAAAAGAGUUUUGGUUAGAAUUCUCCACCUGGAAAAAAAAAGGAAUUGGGUGUAACAUUCAAAACCUUUGACAUCGUAGGAGAUGAUGUAGUCCACGACACCAAUUCCCCAAUUACGCCUGUGUAACCGCCGUCUCUUGGUCGGUUAUUCACAUUCCGAUUCGGAAUCAUUAUCGCUCCAGCCAUUACGGAAACCCUACUUUCACCCCAGGAUUUUAGUUGCCGCCGCCUAGUGCCAAGGGCCUCCCGAUCUACGGCCUUAUCCGCUAAAUGGCUACGGAGGCUACAACCGCGCCCAAAUUCCAGGAACCAGACCUCCGGUCAAUGCCUCAGACACCGGAUUUUCGACCGGAAAUCGCCCACGACGGCCUCCGGUUCUGGCAGUUCAUGAUUGCGGGUUCGAUUGCUGGUUCCGUCGAGCACAUGGCGAUGUUUCCCGUCGACACCAUCAAGACCCACAUGCAAGCGCUCCGUCCCUGUCCGUUAAAACCUGUCGGAAUCCGUCAGGCUUUCCGUUCGAUUAUCCAAAAGGAAGGACCUUCGGCUCUGUACCGAGGGAUUUGGGCUAUGGGUCUCGGCGCCGGACCAGCUCACGCCGUUUAUUUCUCCUUCUACGAGGUAUCGAAGAAGUACUUAUCCGCCGGAAACCCGAAUAAUUCCGCCGCCCACGCGAUCUCCGGCGUGUUCGCCACUGUAUCAAGCGACGCAGUUUUUACUCCCAUGGAUAUGGUGAAGCAGAGGCUGCAGAUGGGUGAAGGGACCUACAAAGGCGUCUGGGAUUGCGUCAAGAGGGUUUUGCGUGAGGAAGGGAUUGGUGCCUUCUACGCUUCCUACAGGACGACGGUUCUCAUGAACGCUCCUUUUACUGCCGUUCACUUCGCUACGUACGAGGCAGCUAAGAAGGCGUUGAUGGAGAUUUCUCCGGAAAGAGUCAGCGACGAGGAGGAAGGUUGGUUGGUUCAUGCCACCGCAGGAGCAGCCGCUGGUGGAUUGGCAGCUGCUGUGACUACGCCACUCGACGUUGUCAAGACGCAGUUGCAAUGUCAGGGUGUGUGUGGAUGCGACCGAUUCACUAGCAGUUCGAUCAGUGAUGUACUGAGAACGAUUGUGAGAAAAGACGGGUACAGGGGACUUCUAAGGGGAUGGCUGCCGAGAAUGCUUUUCCAUGCUCCUGCUGCAGCCAUCUGUUGGUCCACUUAUGAAGGUGUCAAAUCUUUCUUUCAGGACUUCAAUGACGAUUCAACCACUGCCUGAACAAAUGACCAAAAGGGUUAGGCGAUUCACGCUCUUGAGGGUCCUGUUUGUUUUUUUGUUUGUAAAAAUGGUUUUUCAGGGUUUUUUUUUUCUAUUGUCAUGUUAGAUUAUAUAUUUUCUAGGUUUUGUGUUGUUGAUGCUGUCGUCAAGAAAUUUUGAAAAAAGUUGUUUUUAAACUUUAAAUAAUAAGUUAACAAGACGUACACAUUUUCUCUCUUUUUGCUACCUAUAUUCGACACUAA